GUCCUUGAACUGAAGCAAUACAAUGAAUUUCCAUCUCAAUGUUACGUGAUAAUGUUGUCUGAUAAACAGAAAGGGACAGUCAUAUAGUUUAUUUACUGAUUCACUUUCACUAUCUGGAGGCAUUGGUCUCUGGUACUGGGUUCGUUAUUGUUUUGUGUUGCAUAUGUUUGCAAUACAAAUCUGACUUCAUUAGUUAAUGCAAUGAGAUUCACCUUAUGUAUGAAUAUGAGCUUCUUGUAGUUGAAUAUUUCGCCAUGAGUGUCAAAAGGUUCAUAAAUAUUCAGUCUUUUAAUUAUUUCAAGUUUAUUUGCUAAUCAGUACCUAUAAGUAGCAACACGACUUUGUGUGCAAGAUUUAGGUGCUAUAACUCUUCAUAGUUUGGCUUUCUCUUGUUUGUAAUUUUUGAUUCACAAUAAUUAAUGCUUUUGCACUCAGAUCCACAUCCUCCCCGAGUUCUGCUUGAUAUCAUAGUCAUAUGAAUACAGUAAACUUGUAAGUGUAUAUUUAUCACCGCACAUGAUAAAUUUCAUGCUCAUUCAUUAUGUCCUCCACGGUUAUAUUUCUAGUUAACUUUUCUCUGCUCCUUAUUUUGAGGAAGCUGUGUCUGUGCGUCCUAAUUCACUUGCUUGCGAAGUGAGAAGUGUUUCGUUACCAUUCUUCACCAUUAAUUUCUCAAAGUAGCUUUCUGAAUUUAGAAAGUCAUUUGAAAGCAAGGGUACUACUGAAUCUGACUUUUAGUUUGGCAAAGUUGAACCAGACAUUAUUUAUAAGGUAACUGCCGUUCAAGAUGUUUGCAGAAGCUAUUUACUCUUUAUUUUAUCUAAGCAGAAAACUGAGAGCACUUUCAAAAGUAAGUGUAGAAUUCAGAGAAUAGCUAACUUUGACAAAAAAAAAUUGAUAUUUCCGCUUGUGUUAUGUACAUAAGAAGAAUAAUUAACCGAGAUCUAAUUCAAUCCUGUGUGGAAAAGAAAUAAGUAGGACAUAGCCUCUACAAAACCCGCUGAAUUUACUAAAAUACAUGUGUUUGCUUUGCCCCAUUACCACUUUUAAGAGUUAGAAAGCCUUAACUUUUCUGAGAUUUAUCUCUUCAGUAAUUCAAAAUGAAGGUACUUUUAUAAAUUUCUUUAUAUUUCCGUUUUGGCUUGUUUUUCUUCGUAAAAAUGCUGCCAAAAACUUAUCUAGCGGCCUUUGAUAGCCUGCUUUAGCCUAUUGUUUUCAGCCUUAUAAUAUUUCGUAACUUUUUUAUCCACUAUAUUAAAAAGAUCUCUAAUAUUUGGUCCACUAGUCUCUCCAAAACUAUUCAAUUCCACCUUUUGGAGAAUUUUGGAUGUUUAGUCUGCCAAGUCUAUAGAUCAAUUUGGUAUGAAUUCAAACAGACCAAAGUUAGCCAAAUCGUGGAGCUUUAAAGAUGGUCUCUUGGCUCUGAGACGUGUUCGGACAUCAAUUUCGGAUACACAUGAAUCCCGAUACAUGUCACCUAAGCUAUACCAAUUGGAGGACCAGUUUUACCAUCCCGCUUCUAAAUGUGAUGUGUGGCGUGCCCUGUGUCCUCAAGAAUUGCCCGAUGCAUCUGUUUACCCAACAAUGCCAACUUACAGUCUGUCUGAUGAACUUUUCGCUUCUGUUACAGGUCCAAAGAAAGGCCUGUUAACUGCAAAGAAAUGGCAUAAAAUAAAGACCGAAGAUAAUGAAAUUCCUUUUAAUCACUGGGAAACAAUGGAAAAUCGGAAAGCACAUGGAUUAUCUGUUUCGCUUUAUGAAAAAAAUCCGGUGACUGGUAAAACUAAUGGUGGUCCAAUCGCUGAUGCAUUUGUUGUACGAGCUCGGCAUAAUUCGGCGUAUUUAGCAGUUGCAGAUGGAGUGAACUGGGGCAAUGAGUCAAUGAAAGCAGCACGGUCUGCAGUAUUAGCUAUUUAUGCUUAUUUGGAAUCGCAUUUGUUUGGUUGCAUGAAACAUAAACACGAUAUCAAAAAUACAAGAGAUGCUGCUCAACUAUUAUUUGAAGCGUUUUCUUUUGCACAAGAAGAGAUUGUUUCUGUUACCACUGGCUUGACCACUCUUUGCGUUGCACUAGUUUUACCUGUACUAGCAACGCAGAGAAAUGAAUCGGAUUCAUUAUCUAAUGAACCUGUACCAGCAGUUGGUAAUUGUCAAUUUGCUGUUGUUGUAGCAAGCGUUGGUGAUUGUCAAGCAUUUCUUUUGAGCAAAUUUCAUGGUAUACGAGAAAUUACAGGUUGGAUAAGAUCAAUUUUAUCCUCGUCUGAUGAUUUGUCAGCACAGGCCAAUGAAGUAAGUAAAUCGAGCAAGAUAAGUGGACCACCUGUAAGAGAUUUUCGAGAUACAGGAGGUGCAUUGGGCUCUGUGUAUAAGAAUGGUAAACCAGAGUUGAAUAAUCUGAUAUGUGCUGUGACACUUUGUGAUCCUGGUGAUAUAGUACUGCUCGGAUCCGAUGGUCUCAUCGACAACUUUGAUCCAGUUAUCACACGGUUGGCCGUCCCAGAAUCACCACAUCUAGAGUUUGUUGAUGAAGAAGAAGGGGAAGGAGAAGAUAAUUCUUCAACUGAUGACUUGAGAAUCACUGGUACUAUUCAUAAUGGCUCUACGAAAAGCACUUCUUCUUCUGAUUCUGUGAGACCAGGUUCCAAUAAAUCGCCUACUUCACCCUUAUGGCGUCCAUCGAAAUCAUGGUUGAAUCAUUCACCAUUAACUCCACCACCUCAAGUCAGUAUUUGGCCAGAACCUCCACCCCCACCUACUGACCCUAUUAAGUUGUCGCAUCAAAACCUUACAGUCAACACUAACUUCAAUAGUAAUGAGACGGAUACAAUUUGUGCACAACAAAUCAAUUUCACUAACCAACUUGAACUGAACUGGUAUGAACGUAGAAGGUAUGCAGCAAAAGAAUUAGAACGUGUAUGGCAUGAAUUAGAUAUCAGCACAGAAAAUAAUAAAAUUACACAUUUUCCAGGCACAUUCAGUUCAAGAGAUUUAUGUGAGGCUUUAAUCAAUUAUGCCUACAGAACUACAUCGAAACGACGUGAAUGGUUAGAAAAUCCUGAAUUUGCACAUUUGAGACAAAGUCAAACCACAUUUCAAAAUAAUAGCAACAGUAAUAAUAAUAAUGAUAAUAAUAACAAUGGUAAUGAAGAAAACAAGCAUUCUGGUAGUGGUUAUUCAAUCGACUCACAGAAGAAAUGGUUUACUGAUAUGCUCAAACGCAUGCCUGGGAAACUGGAUCACGCCACUGUAGUUGCCUAUGAAGUGGGAGUUUAUCAAGGGAAUGAGAAUGAAGUGUAUGAAGAGACUGCUCAUCGGUUUUUAACCCCUAAUAAUUAUAAUUCACCGAGUCACAAUUCAUUGACUCCCUCAGAGCCAUAGUAAUUAUAGUAUGUGUGUGUUUGUGAGUAUAGGGCAGUAACCUCAGAUAAAUAUCAACUUCCGUUUUUCCUUACUUCAUACAUUGCUAUCUUUAUGUAUUAUUUUCGAACAGUUUCUAGUCUCUUCCUGUAUAUAUAGAUUCCAUUUAAUAAUCUUGUUGUAAUCCUUUAAUAUAUGCAGAUGGUGGUAUCAUUUCGUAAUAUUACGGAUAACAAUAGUAUCCCUGAGAGUCUUUGUUAAUAAUUUUGUUUGCGUA